UUUCCAGACACACUAUAAAGAGAUUUGAGUGGAAUACCAGAAAAGUACGAAAUAAAUGAAAGGAAUAGUUACUAUUAAUUUAAUAAAAAAAUAAGGUUAAUCUUAUCUUCUUACUAAAUUGUUUUUAUAUAAUGUAUUAAUCGUCACUUUGUCCAACAUUCAAUCUGGUUUCUGAAGGAGAACCCUUUGAGAUCCACAGGUUAAAAACAUACAAUGACAGAGAAUGAAGAGAGAAAAUUGCCUCAUGGUGCUCAGAGAAAAGCUUCAAAAAGGCUGUAUUUAAUGAGACGAAUCCUGUGUGUCUCGACUGAAACUCCACAACAUGUCACCAGUACCGCAUCUGUCUUCACAGCACUCUUAUUGCCGAAGCUCUCAGCAGGGUCCAAAUGUCUAACUCUUCAGAACAGAGAUUGCUUCUAUCUCUGAUUGCAUCCAUUGUGCACACAGCUAGUUUAAAGAGUGCUUUCUCUGGCUUCAACAAGAGAAGAACCAAACCCCAAAGGACUACCUGAUUUCAUUCAAGCUCUCUGCAAUCUCACAUCUUUAAUUUCUGGGGUAUUUUUAAAUCAACCCUAGGUCACGUAAAUUACCCCUUUCAAUCAUAUUGACUGAGUGCGGUUGCCAGUUCGAGUGGUACUGCUGCUGAGAUUGAAAGAGAAAAUGGUUGAAAAAAAAAAACAGAAGCUCCUUUGCUCUCAUGUGUCAUUGUGAUAAGCUGAUUGAACAAGAGACUGAACUGCUCUAAAAUAUAUUUUUUAGUCAAUAUCUUUUAACUAGUUUGAGUCAACAACAUACCCAUUAUGGGAGAGAUGGGUGAGAAUUUGAUUGCUGUGUGAAUCAGGACAAAAUACUUUAAAGCAUAAUCAUGUAUGAGAAUUCAUUAACAUCACUUCACAAGUUCACCUGCCCAUUAAGUCAUAAAAGUUAAUAGUAAUUGAAGUUGUGGAGGGGGAAGAAUUGGCGCAAUGACUGCUGCUUAUACGUUUGUAAUGAUUAUUGAUAGGACUGAACAUACAAUAUAAUCUACUUUCCAGAAGAUGGCAGCAGAGUAUGCUAGCUAAAAUAAACAUUGAGUUGCAGUGUAUCCUAAAGGAAGUUUAACCCAAUAUAAAAAAUAUGGCCAAUUACACAUUAUUUUGGCAUAAAUUUAUCUGCGACAUGACAAUAUGGCUAUCAUUAGGCUGACACAAUAUUUGUCUCAGAGUUUGUUUUAAAUGUAAGGCUCAAACUGCUGUUUAUGCAUUUACAAAAUUGUCAAUUUCCCCAUUGAGCCUAUGUCAUGUUAAUAAUUUUGCACAUUGUUUGGUUUUUGCAGUGUCAAUUUUAAGAAUAUUUUUGUUACUGGUUCCUGAAGCGAAGACAGUUGAGAACCACUGAUCAAAGUGAUGGUGUGACAAACAACUUGACACUGAACAUGGACCAUUGCAAUUAGGAAGAAGAGAGAUUUUGGACAAGAUCAAAUAUUUUGUACACAUCUGUUAAAUUUAUGCUUUUUAUUAAUCUUAUUGUGAGAGCUGGGUUUUCGCAUUGACCGUUACAUUUUCUCCCACACAACUACUGUUAGUGCCCUAAGGAAGAAGAAAGAAACUGACAGGAAAUACUGGAAAUGCUUCCCUACCUUUCUCUGUCAUUACGCACAGUCGUAAUGUUUAGGUAAUAGUCUAUAAGUUCUGCAGUCCUCUAGUUUGUCAUGUUUCUCCUCCCCCUCUUGCUUUUCCUCCACACACUCUCUUUUAAGCACAUGCAUGAGUCAGCAAAACACGGGCUUCAUGCGGGAGCUCCCUGGUCAGUGGAAGAGUGUUUCUGUGACAUCAUCAUCAUGUGUGAAAGAUGAUCCAGGGCUUGUGACGGAAGACGAGGUAGAGAAGGAAGAGAUGGCAUCGGCGUUCCUGCCAGCACUGGGUCGUUUGGCCAUAUGUGGUGGUACCCAUGGCAACGAGCUGUCAGGUGUGUAUCUGGUGCAGGAGAUGGAGCGACAGAGGAAAGAGAAGGGAGACAGUGCGUGGCCGAUUCCCGUAACAACUGUGCUGUCAAACCCACGGGCUGUGAAAGAGUGCAGAAGAUAUAUUGACACGGAUAUGAAUCGCUGCUUUAGCAGAGCCACGCUGAGUUCUCCUAUUACAGACAGCAGCCCAUAUGAAGUCCGACGCGCUCAGGAACUGAACAAUCUGCUGGGACCGAAGGAGUCUGCAGAUGCAAUAGACAUGAUCUGUGACCUCCAUAACACCACAUCUAACAUGGGCCUCACACUCAUCCAUUACACAUCCAGUGACUGGUUGACACUGCACAUCUGCAAAUACUUACAGACUAAGAUAACCAAAGUGCCUGUGAGAGUUCUGGUACUGGAUUUCCAGAUUAGUGAUGCAUAUAACUUGGAGUCUGUAUCCAAGCAUGGCAUUACAAUAGAGGUCGGGCCGCAGCCGCAUGGUGUCGUCAGGGCUGACAUCUAUUUCAUUAUGAAAGAGGCUGUCGACUUGACAAUCGACUGGAUCCACAAAUUUAACUCAGGAACAGUAUUUGAAGGUGGAGAUAUGGAAGCCUUCAAGUUUAUCAAAAGUAUUGAUUAUCCCAGAGAUCCCGAGACUCGGACUCUCACAGCUGCUAUUCAUCCUCAGCUGCAGGACAGAGAUUUCUGUCUCCUCAAGCAGGGUGACCCUUUGUUUUUGUCAUUUUCUGGAGAAACUGUGAAGUAUGAAGAAGAAGAGCCACUUCAUCCUUUCUUUAUCAAUGAGUGUGCUUACUAUGAAAAGGGAAUCGCUUUUCACUUGGCAAAAAAGUUGACACUGACUAUUCCAACGGUGCAAGUGCAGAAACACUGAAGAGGAAAAAACUGUAUGAUUACCAAACUAUCUAACAUCAAUCAGAUGAUUUCACAACACAGAAUGUCUCAAAUGAUUUUAAAAUGAUGAAUGAUUUUUUGUAGCUUUAUGAAAAUUAAAUGCUAAUUUUCAUCUGCUACUAAACUUAGGAAAAUUGCAAAUAAUUGUAAAAUCAUGCUUACACAGCAAAACAGACUUGUCCGUUUUGUAAAAGGAAGGAGAAAAUGCAUAUCUUCGUUCUUCGCAUAGCCAUGCGUUCAAUCAUAAAUUACAUUUUUUUUAGCACAAAUUCAUCUAUGGCUUUUACAAUAUCCCUUACAAAAAAUAAGUAUACUUCAAGUUCAUUUUAUUAAGUAUACUUAAGUAAAGUUAAUUUUUAAGUAUAUUUUAAAGUAUACUAAUAUCAAUUUACUAGUAGUAUACUUGUAAGUGUACUUUUUUAAUACUACUUGGGACUAAAUUGGCCCACUUUUUAGUGUAUAAUAGUGUAUAGUUUAAGUAUACUUGAAGGGUAGGUUCUUAUUGGUAAAAAUUCAGAUGAUUCAGUUGACAGAGCAGUCCGAACAAAUCCAAAUAGUUUUAGAUCGUUAUGCAAGUGCGUUUGGCCAAUAAUGGCAGUAGUAUAUGUAAAUUAACAAUGUUUCCGCAUUCUUCGCGUUACCUGGGAUUGUAUUGUACUCCGUUCUACUCUUUAAACAGCAUUAUGGUAAAAAUGGAACAACUAUGGCAGCAGCUUUCUUACCUCUACGCAACAGAGUUUUGCUUGGGGGGGUUGGGCUUAAUUUUCUGUUUACUAUAUGUUGACUACAAACAUGGAAGUUUGUCAUGUUAAUAAUUUUGCAUAUUACAUAUUUUUGUUUCA